AUGCCCAAGUUGCGCGGGACCGGGAAGAGGGGUGCGGUCUCCGAAGGCCGCGGCCUGGACAGCGGCAAUGGCAACAACGGGCGGCGGUUCUGGGACAGCGCCCUCUCGGUCGUCUUCCUCGCGUGCCGUUCGCGGUUUCUGGGGGCGACGUGCUGCUUCUGCGUUGUCGCCGUCCUCCUCAAGAACACCGUCGGGCAGGCGAGAACCUGGUCACGCCUGACUUCCAGCUCUUCGUCAGCGUCGAUGCGGGAGGGCCCGACAGACGCAGAGCUUGAGGCCAUGAUCACGUACACCCUAGAUGACGGCGGCCCGGGGCGUCGGUGGGUACCCCCCGACGAGAGGCCGAUACCCCUCAUGGCGUUCCCCAGCCUAAACGGCUUCCAGUUCAACAAGAAGGGGCACCUGAGGCCGGUUGAGCCACGGGCCGCGCCACCGGUGGCUGCGAGUUCGAAUGCAAGCAGCGACGGAGGUGACAGGGGCGUAGUAGCACCUGCGGAGGGGGAUGAAGUAGGCACGACCCUGUUGUUCAUGCACCUUUGGAAGUGCGCCGGGUCAUCGCUGAGGCACCUGUUGAGGGACUGGGCGGAGGCUAAGGGGCAGUACAUCGGGAUCGUGGUCAGGUGCACCGAUGUCGUCUCCAAGACCGGGAAAAUUUGCUUGAAACGCCACUCUCUUAUCAAUGAGAGGUUCCAGGCGCCCUUCAUUCGGCUACACCAGGUGGUCGCGGGGCACUUCACAUGGGGGCUGCACCGACCCAAGGAAUGUUCCGAGAAAUGGUAUUCCGACAUGGAGACCACUGCUUUCGACCAAGUCGUCAGCACUGCUGAACCCGAGGGGGGGGUCGGAGGAAAGACACUAUCCGCGGGCGCGCAAGAGGCUAUGGACAACCUCGACACCUUCUGGCUCGUGGGAGUGAUCGAGCAAUACCAAGGGUUCAUGGCGGUCCUACAGGCCAUGAUGGACCCGAACAAGAGCGAGCGCGACAUGUGGAAGAGGUACGCAGUGGGCAAGUACAACACGUCUCCUCAGGGGGCAGGGAAAGUGCUGGCAGCAAUCGACCCGGCCCUCGUGCAAGAGUUCAAUGAAACCUUGAGCCACCAGUGGGAGGUCUACAGCUACGCUGUCGAUUUGUACAAGCAUCGGUGUCGCCAGAUGCUUCACACCAGAGACUUGGACAUGUGCGAGGUUCCUGUCGCGCCUUCCCAGUACACCCUCACCGAGCUUGAGCGAGAAUCGCUUUACCAGGAGAUACACCCAGAGGAGGUCAGUUUCAACGCCACCGAAAUGGUUCGCGCUCAACAUCUCUGGGACGAAUUCAGGGGCAAGGGGUCGACGAUUAGAAACCCCAGUGAGGAGGAGGCGUUGGCCUUCUUCGAGCUGCACGGGUUCGAUUUCACAGACCCGGAAAAGAGGGACAAUUUCGUGUCGAGGCUCCGGAUUGGGAUGCCGACUUUGGCGUUGGGAGAGGACGUUUUCGGCUCGGAUGAUCGCACGCCUGAAGAGAUCGCGUCGGCAGCAGCGGCGGAAGAACAGGGGGGCGAGGACAUCAAGAUUGGAGGCAAUGUAGAGACGGAUAAGGGAGCCCGUGUUGCCAUGGCGGAUGCGGUAGUAGUAGGAGGUGAACAGAAGAGAGAAAAGCAGAAAAAGGAGGGAAGGAAAGACCCCAAGAAGUGA